GUUGUUUAAACGGCGUCCCGUGCGGUCUGCAGCAUCUCUUUGCAAGCUCACCACUGGCCCAUCUCACUGCAGCCGCCCCAGUAAACAAUGCAUCCCCCACCUGGUGAAGGGUCCUGUCGCUAGCUCAUUACAUCAUUUCUGGCACGGGCGUCUUACCAUGUCUCACCUCCAAAUCUUCGCUUGAAUUCCAUUCUACCGAAGCAUUUUAGGUUCGAUUGCACAUUCAGCUUUGGCCAUUGAGGCCGUGGUUCAUCUCCAAGAUUAUAAUGCACACAAUCACUUUACGCACUGGGCUCCGCCCUCUCUGUAAUAAGGCACAGACGAUACCUCGUUCAUUCCAGCGAGCCUUGAUCUCAUCGACUACAUCGCGACAAGCCAAGAACCAGAUAUACGCCCCUAUCCGCAACAAUGACUCUUUCUCAACCUACCUUUCACUCUCGACAUCGUCCCGGACCCCCCUGCUGACCCUGUGGACCGCCUCAUGGUGCUCAACCUGCAAAGUCGUAAGCCCUCUCAUCAGAGAUCUUGUCGAGUCUGGCGUUGGCGAGGAGGAGGGAGGCGUGUCUCUCGCGACUGUUGAGUUUGAUUCACCGGAUAUCAUGUCAGGAAGUCCCAACUUAGCCAUGACUUACAUGAUCACCAGCAUUCCCACGCUCUUAAGUUUCGAUGGUGGGGAGGCACAAACAGCGACCAAGCUAUCGGAUGCCAGAAAGCUCGCCGACAGGGAGUUUCUGAAGGAAUGGAUUCGAACUGAAGCCAGGAGACAUGGUGGCCGUGGAGGUGGAGGAGGCGGAUCGUCUAUCUUUGGAGGUCUGUUUGGCAAAUAAGGCAACAUCAAUUAAAACUCAUCAAUGAUCUGUAUAAUAGACGCGGUUCCAGGAUAUUUUCCGCCUUCUG